AUGAAAUCAAGAAGCUUUUGGUCACUUCUGGUGUUGCUUGAGGUCUUCCUGUCCAUCACUUGUGUGUGGAUGGAAUCGGACAGGAUCAGAAGGCUUUAUGCGGAUGCAGGGAGAUUGCAACAAAAGGAAUCCAGAAGCUUUGAAGGCACAAGAAGAAAAGUGCUUUAUGGGCAAGAUGGCCUACAUGCAUCAUGUGAAAAAAAGUACUGUGGCCGGGGAAGUAAGUGUGUUGUUAACAAGGAGACUAAUCAGCCUGAAUGCAAAUGCCUAGAAGACUGCAAGCCCAGUUAUAUGCCAGUAUGUGGAUCUGAUGGCAAAUUUUAUGAAAAUCACUGUGAACUCCACCGAGCCUCAUGCUUGCAGAGGAAGAAAAUCUACAUUAUCCACAGCAAAGACUGUUUCUUCAAAGGUGACACUUGCACAAUGGCAGACUACAGCCGUCUUAAAAGCAUACUCCUGGACCUUCAAGCUCAUCACCACAGCCUGCUGAGCAGCCCUGUAGAGGACAGAACAUCCCAGAAGCGCUUGUUAGUGGAGGACAUGUUUAAGUACUUGGAUAUAAACAGUGACGGACGCCUCGGCAGCUCUGAACUGGCUCAGCUAAUGGAGAAAGAAGCUCUAGAAGAUGAUUUCUUGGAUUGCACGCUGGAAGAUCUUCUCCGAUUUGAUGAUUACAACAAUGAUGGUUACUUAACCCUGCAAGAACUCUAUACUGCAUUCCAGGUGGUUCAACUCACGCUUCCGGAGGAACAGAAGAUUAGCGUUACCACAGUAACAGUUGGACUGAGCGCUGUAUUGACCUGUGCCAUCCAUGGAACUCUUAAGCCCCCAAUUAUCUGGAAACGCAAUGGAAUCAUACUGAACUUCUUAGAUUUGGAAGAUAUCAACGAUUUUGGAGAAGAUGAUUCCCUCUACAUCACCAAGGUAACAACUAUUCACAUGGGCAAUUACACCUGUCAUGCCUACGGCUAUGAAGAGCUAUAUCAGACCCACAUCCUUCAGGUGAAUGUGCCACCAGUGAUUCGUGUAUAUCCUGAAACUCAGGCACAGGAACCUGGUGUAUCCGCAAGUCUCAAAUGUCACGCUGAAGGCAUUCCUAAUCCCAGAAUUACCUGGCUAAAAAAUGGCAUUGAUAUCAUGCCAAAAUUAUCCAAACAACUAACACUCUUAGCAAAUGGAAGUGAACUUCAUAUCAGUAGUGUUCGAUAUGAAGACACCGGUGCCUACACAUGCAUUGCUAAAAAUGAAGUGGGAGUGGAUGAGGACAUAUCUUCUCUCUUCAUCGAAGAUUCAGCCAGAAAGACUCUUGCAAACAUACUGUGGCGAGAGGAAGGCCUAAGUGUGGGAAAUAUGUUUUAUGUCUUUUCCAAUGAUGGGAUCACAAUCAUUCAGCCAAACGAAUGUGAGAUCCGAAGACAUAUCAAACCCAGUGAGAAGAUUUUUACAAGUUAUGAAGAGAUCUGUCCUAAAGUUGAAGGUGGACCUGUGCAGUCCUGCCUCUGGGCUUCAGCUGUCAAUGUCAGAGACAAAUAUAUUUAUGUGACACAGCCCAAGCAGAACAGACUAAUGAUCAUUGAUAUCCAGACACAGAAAGUCAUGCAGUCUGUGGAUGUUGACCCCCUACCAGCCAAAUUACAUUAUGAUAAAUCACAUGACCAAGUCUGGGUCCUUAGCUGGGGGAACAUGCGGAAGUCCCAUCCAACACUGCAGGUAAUAUCAGAGGCAAGUGCAGGGGAAAAUCAGCAUAUCAUCCGCACGCCAUUUGAAGAUGUGGAUGAUUUUUUCAUACCACCUACAAAUCUUAUUAUUAAUCACAUUAGGUUUGGGUUCAUCUUUAACAAAUCGAAAUCUGCAGUUCACAAAAUUGACCUGGAAACUGUGACCCACAUCAAGACUAUCAGCUUCAGAAACUAUAGCUGCAAACCACAGAGCAUGGCUUAUACCCAUUUGGGCGGCUACUUCUUUGUCCAAUGUAAAAAAAAUACAUCAAUAAUAGCAUCUCCCCAGCUCAUUAUUGAUAGUGUUACAGAUUCUGUGAUUGGCCCUAACAGUGACAUAUCGGGUACGCCCUAUAUUUCCCCUGAUGGACGCUAUUUGGUCAGUGCAGCUGAAGACAGUGGCAGGAUUAAAGUCCAGGCAAUAACCAUCCAAGGGGAAAUCAAGUUGAUUUAUGACUUACAAACAAAUGUACAUGUAUCUGAUCUGACAUUUCAACCCUCUUUCACUGAAGGCAAUCAGUACUAUAUAUAUGCUACGUCACAUUUGCAAACAGAUGUGCUUUUUGUAGAGCUGUCAACAGGGCAAAUGAAUGUACUGAAGAAUUUAAAGGAGCCUAUCAUGUCCAAAGACUGGCCCUGGAGCAGCUACAACAGAAUUAUGAAAGACAGUGGAUUAUUUGGACAGUAUCUUAUUACACCAGCUAAGAAUUCACUGUUUGUUAUUAAUGGGAGACAAAACACAUUACACUGUGAGGUUUCAGGUAUCAGGAGGGGUAACACGGUGGUCUGGGUUGGAGAAGUAUGA